AUGUCUUCGUCUCCGUCGGCGGACAGCUCUGCCCCGCACCUCCGCAAGCCCCUUGUCACUAGCAAGGGCGCGGGCGGCGACAUGUCCAUGAUGUUCUUCGCCCAGCCUGACUGCCCCGCGAAGUUUGCCCACCAGGACGAGCACCGCAUCAGAGGCCUUAACGCCGAAGCCAUCGCCCGAGUCCUCCUGCCGGUGCCCUCGUGGCUGCUAGAGUCGGAGUAUGCAACCCUCCGGGCCGAGGGCGACGAUCUAGGACCCUCUCUCUUCUUUAGCCUAAACCUCUCCAUCUACGGCCAGCCAGUCGUCGAUACAGACUGGUCCGAGCAGUGGUUCUUUAUGAGCGGCCGCGUUCACCCCUACGCCAUCUCCUGGGAGGUGGAGCGCCGCGACGGGCUCGAGGCCGGCCCGGACGAUACUAUUCUCUACACCGUGCCCGCCCUUAUUGUCCGCGACCAAGGUUACCAGCCCGUCCUGCCGCGCUCCUUGGCCUCUAGCGGCCAGUUCCCGUCUACGCCUCCCGUUGUCUCCUUCCAUGGCGUCGUAGCCGGGCCCGGCCUCGACCUCCUGCGUCGAGAUUUCCUGCCAAUCUCGGGCCCGACCAGCUCCGCUGCUGCGGCUUCGUCCGGCUCGACCUACAUCGCCCCUGGCCUGCCGGACAGGAUUCCAUAUAAGGGCUACCACCCCUUCGAGAAAAUCGCUGCAACGCCUAACUCUUCAUUCCUGCCCCGCGUCCCCUUUACCUCCACCGGAAAGGCCGUCCGCCUUCUCGACCACCGCGUUAUGCUCUCCCCGGGCUCGGAGCGCGAUUACGUCUUUAUCAUCGUCCCGGACAGCUGGACCUUUGUCGAUCGACCCUCGGCGGCGGCCGCCGCCGCCUCGGCUUCCCCCCUCGCUACGCCCUUUAGGCGUCAGACCCAAUCCGCCUCCUCUACCUUCGAUUCCGUCCGUGCCGCCUUGUACUCUGUUGCCGCGCCGGCCUCGACCGCGCCGCCCCCCCUUUCCUCGGCCCCGGCCCCGCCAGCCCUCGACCCCGUCACGCCGCCGCCUAAGCGAUCGCCCCGGCCCUGGCCGAUACGCCCAUGA